AUGGCCAUGCAAAACGUCAAGUGCGUCGUCGUCGGUGACGGCGCUGUCGGUAAGACCUCGCUUCUUAUCUCUUACACUGAGAACAGAUUCCCCGUCGACUACGUGCCCACGGUGUUCGACAACUUCACGACCGGUGUCGAGGUUGAUGGAAAGCUCAUCAACUUUGCUCUCUGGGAUACUGCUGGUCAGGAGGAGUACGCACGACUGAGGGCGCUGAGCUACCCUGAGACUGAUGUGUUCCUUCUCUGCUUCUCCGUCGUGUCCCCGGCAAGCUUCGACAACAUCAAGACCAAGUGGUACCCCGAGAUCAGCCACCACUGCCCAGGCGCCAAAUGCAUCCUCGUGGGCACCAAGAUCGAUUUGAGGGAAGACAAGGCUACGAUGGAAAGCCUCAAGGGAGAGAAGGCGCCAACACCCGACAUGGGCAAGAAGAUGGCGGAGGACAUCGGCGCGGAGGCCUAUUUCGAGUGCUCGGCGCUUACGCAGGAGGGAUUGAAGAGGGUGUUCGAGGAGGCCAUCAGAGCAGUCAUUGGCAGACCCGACAAGCCAUCCGGACCCGCCAAGCCCAAGAAGGAGAAGAAGUGCCUCCUGUUCUAG